AUGUUCUGCGACUUGCACAAAUAUGCCGAACUGACCAUCAGGUAUCUUUUGCUGUUCACCGCCGAGAUCAACGAUCAAUGCUGCAAACACAUGGUUGUUGAUUUUCUAGAAGACACUGGUAUGGCUUGCUUUCUAAGUGGGUGUAGAACAGGACAGGUGCUACACCCGCUACCAACUAACACGGGCCAAAGCAUGUCAGAAAGCCAAUCUUGCAUUCAACGGAAUAGCAUUAACUAUACGUUGGCAGACCGGACAAGGUCAAAUUUCGGGGUGAUUUGUGGUAGCAGCAGACCAGACCAUAAAAACUACAUCGAUAUUGUCCAGGGCGGCAGGGACAUGAUGCUAGAAAUUAUCAAUGUGCCGCUUCCAGAAUCUUUAUUCCACAAAAUAAUGUAUUCGUCAGAGAAAAACAUUCCAGAGUUCACAUUCGAUGAUAUGUGCCUAAUCGCCAUGCAUCUUUUCCCUUUACAAGAUAAAGCCGGAAUUAUUGUGUAUGGGAUGUGUGCGCAUCUCCAGAAAAAUCUCGAUUUAGUCUGGAGAUUGAAAAUGUGUGGUGAUCGCGCGAGCAAAAAUAAUCGCAGUGAUAAGUUACAGCGCCUUGCAGAGGUUGUGUUCGACGCAAGCGGCAGCACAAACAGUUUUAGACAGUUAGUGAACUCAAAUAUCGCAUUUGCAAUCAAAGAUGGCCUGAAUGAAACAGCAGAAACAAUCGCAAAAGACAAUUUGUCAGGGCAUCUGUGCUAUUCUGUUGGCCUAAAUGAACUCUCAAUAGGAUUUUUAGUAAAGAACCUGAUAAUGACGUGCAGCUAUCUGAUGAACAACGAAUACAUUUUGGUGGAAAAAUUCUUUGGUCGUGCCAAUGGGUUUUCUCUUGAUGUGCAGGUGACAGCAAUUGGUAUGAGCCUUGAAAAAACCUUCAUAUCAAAUGAGAUGCUUACCUACCAGCUUAUUUUUCUUUCCCAAUGUGGGUUUUUAAGCAGUAAAAAUAUCGCAAACGUAACCCUGGUGUUCAAUAGGGUCAUGUCGUGGUUCUAUCCGCCACAUUUUUUCUAUAUGGAGAACUUAUCCGGUGUAAUAUGCGACUCUUGCGCGAUCGGUUUUAUCAACUCAAUGCCCGAACAUGUCAGGAAUGUGAAGGCUGUGCUUGUGAAUCAAUCGAUGGAGAUGAUUGAUUUCUUUUUUAGAGGCCUUUUGUACCUGAAGUAUGCGAAUUACGCGUUCAGCAUCGAUUUUGUGUUCCCGUGCCACACAAGAACCGUUAAAAUUUUGGACUCAGCAAUAAAAAAAGGAGCAAAUCUCUCGUUCAAUGAAGAAUGCGAACAUAUCCUUGUAAGUAACACAACAGGCUCAAUUUAUUUAUCGAGCAUUACGGGCCUCAACGAGGUGGUAUUCAAGGAACAUCAUGAGGCGCUUUUCGAGCUUUGCACCAGCAAGGGACUUCUUACGAUCAGGCAUGCCUAUGUUGAGGGAGCGGUAUGCUUCUGCACAAAAGCUAGCAAAAUAACGCUUGAUCAUGUCCAACUAUUUCCUGACUCCGAAAUGCUAUUUUUUAAUGAGAAUGAGCACAUCAGUAUCUCCGAAUGCGAGGGACUGAUGGAUUUAACACCCUAUAUAGGUACAGGGCUGCAUUUACUCAAACACAUGAAAAUACGAGUCAUACCGAUUCGGAACACAUCACUAAAUCACACGGAACUGUGCAAUAUCAACAUCUACACAUCAAUCGAAUUGGGAAGUAAAAACAGAUCUGUCACAUUGCGCAACAUAAUUACUGAAGGACGUGCACAGGUGGUCAUCAGUGGGGCCUGCAACGAAAUCGAGAUUCAUACGUGCAGCUGUUCGAUUGAUGUUAGGAAGGUAAAAAGCUUUCAUCGAAUAAUGAUAUGCUUUGCAGAAAAUGAAUCUGGUACCGUCGACUUUGUUGGUGAAGUUGUUGUUUAUAAAUUGGAUGUGCGCAAUGUUUAUCGAAAUUUGCACAAAAUUGCGUUGUUGCUGACUCGGUUCAAGAAAAUAAAACAACUGCAGUUUAAAAGCGAAUACGGAGUAGAAUAUUGCGAGAAGAGCAAGCGAUCCACCUAUGUUGCAGAGUUGUUUGCACCUCGUAAAAAAGCUGCUGGUGGAAAUACGGCGGCUUCUCCAGGACGUUCACGAACAAAACGAAGGGGAGCACAGUCCUCUGUUUCUGCGAAGUCAAAUACCGCCGCAAAUAAGGAGUUAGGUGUUAUGUUGAGUGCAACAGCCACAAAUAGCAUCAAAAGGCUGGAUUUGACAUUUGAUGUGAUCACACGACACUGUUACAGACAUUUCAACAAGCUGCUCAAUCUAGAGAUUCUUAAAGUGGUUGUACAAAACAUUUCAGGGGAGUUUUUCGACUCUCUACCGCGAACUAUUAAGAUGCUCGAUAUUUCAGAGACUCUCAGGCAUGACAAGAACAGGCUGCCGUGUUGUCAAGUUCGUCAUUCAUAUCCGAAUUCAAUGCUCAAUAUGCUGGGUGUUCUGGUGAUCGAUGAGAUUUUUCUACCAUACAUAUCUCGCAUAAGUCAUCUGAUGCCUGCUCUCCGGAUACUUAAAAUUUGUUUUACUGAUGAGCUACUACCGGGCUUUCCGGUUCCUUUUGGCAAAAAAUUGCAGGUGCGUAGUUUGAUUGUUGAAAUUACAGAAAAGUUGACCUGUUAUCCAAACAUUGCUGUUCUAGAGAUUUAUUGCAGUUCAUUAUCGAGGUACAUUGAUUUCGAAUCUCUGCGCACCUUUGUAUUCAUUUCUUCCGAUGAAUGCAUGCAAAUCUGUCCCUCAUCCCGAAAGAUUUUGAGCAGGGAGCAGCGAUCAACACAUUAAAGAUCUGACCAGGUAGCAGUUGCAUGAAUUAAGCGGUGGCAUGAUCACAAGUGAUAAUUUACGAAUCACAAGAGCUUACACCUAUCAUGUGUGUAACAUGGUACGUGAUUGUCUCUCUCGGUACCAAAAUGAUUUCUAUCGUUGUAAUGCAUUUUUACCUUGUAGUACGCCUGUAAGAUGCGGUGGUGUUGGAGGUUCGGCACCAAGCAAUGCCGAUCCACGAUUGACUCUGAAUUCAUGGUCCAAUUUGUUCAAUUGUCUUUGCCAACUAUUUCGCUAUGAACUAAUUUCUUUGCCAUGGUUGGCGAAAUGUGUCCGUUUCAGAUGCAACGGUGCAUCAAUAGCCAAAGAUUUCUUCGUACUCGUGUCAUAUUUUAUCUUGCAAUGAUGAGGACCGGUACCUCGUUGUGUACAUCACCAUCCCCCUGUUACUUCGGGCUAACGCCUCUCAUUUUUGAGUAUCUCUUCUGCCAGCGUAUCCCCUGCCUACCACCUGGCUAGAUACUGUGCAAUCGCUCUGAUAUGCGGGAAAAAUGUCCAUUUUGUGGGAAGGAUGAAAGGAAAACCGCGCAUCACUUUCUCUGUGAAUGCCAACUAUGGGCCGAAUUUCGAACACGUUUCCUUGGUUGGAUAUUGGAUUGCCGAUAUUACACCUAUUUAUAGAUCGCCAAAACAGAGAGUUCAUCGAGGUGCUUCUUGAGGGACGUUGCACAAGUCACUACUUGCGUGGUAAUAUCACUGCUGCGCUUGCAGCAUACAUUUCUUUGUGGCAAGAGUGCGCAUGAAGGUGUUGUACAAUGGCACACUGAUUUUCUCUAUGGAUCAAAGACCAGUGGCCAUAACCUAUCCCAGCAGACAAGAAAAGUAUGUUUGAUUGUAUGAUGUGGUAUGAGGAGAUAAAAGACGCGCUUCUAAUAAAUAAG